AUGUCAAGUGCUGCACUCACAUUUGAUAUUAUCUUCUCAUGUUUAAUAACACUUAUUUUUCUCUAUCGUUGUGGAAAUUAUCGUCGACAACAUCCACUAACAACUGUAGCUGUGUAUAUUUCAUGGACAUUUUCAGUUCUUUUUAUUUUUCUUCUACCAUUGGAUAUUUCACUAGCUGCCUAUCAACAAUGCAUUGGCACAAAUUCAUCAACGAUAUCUACUAUUACUACUGAUAAUGUAAAUAAAAGUAAUUCAGUCAAAGAUUCGUGUCCUCGACCAUGGUCUUAUGUAGAUCGAAAAUCUUAUGGAGUUUUAUGGCGUAUUAUUUAUUGGACAUCACAAUUUCUUACUUGGCUUGUUUUACCAUUUAUGCAAUCAAUCUGUCAAACAGGUGAAUUUUAUCUCAAAGGAAAGAUUCGAUACGCUUUGAGAUCAAAUUUACUUUAUUAUGGAACACUUUUACUUAUAUUUGGAAUUCUUGUUAUUUAUGUUGCAAUGAAUUAUAAUUUAAAUGCAUCAAGUUUUAAGACGACUGUUAUCGCAGCAAGUACGACUUGGGGCCUUUUUCUUCUUGUAUUAAUGCUUGGUUAUGGUCUUGUUCAAGUACCAUUAAAUGUUUAUAAUUAUUCUCGAACAUCUUAUACACUUUCUCAUAUUCAAUUUAAAUUAUCUCAACUUUAUAAUGAAAAAAUUGAUAUUGAAGAACGUUUAGAAUCUCUUGUUGAUGAAGUAUCAAAAUUAUGUCUUGAAAUAAAAUAUAAUGAUCCAUUACGACCAUGUUUAGAACAAAUUGUUAAAAUAGUUCCUGAAGAAUAUUCUAAUCGGGUUAAAUUAACAAUGGAUGAUUAUGAAGAUUAUAGAAAUACAACAAAUAAUUUAACAACAGAAAAAACAUUAAUUAGAUUACAUAGACUUUUAAAAAAAAAUAAACAUAUUCAUCAUCGAGUACAAGCUUCAUGGGUACAUAUGAUUAAUGAAGCUUUUUAUUUAGAAGAUAUUGUAAAUAAUGAAACCAAUACUAAUCGUUCAUUUGUUAAACAAAGUCCACUACCAAGAUCAUGGUUAAGACAAAAAUUAUUUGAUGAACAUCCAGUACUAGAAUGGUAUACAUUUUGUCUUAUACGUCCAUGGGCUCUUCGUAUUGUUGGUAUAAGUUUAGGGUGUAUAUCAAUAAUAGUUAUUUGGUCUGAAAUGACAUUUUUCAGUACGAAACCCGUUUUAUCCAUAUUUGCUCAAUGUGUUAAUGCAGCUCGACGUCAUUAUGAUUAUUUUACAAUUGAAAUAUUCUGUUGUUUAAGUAUUGCUUAUUUAUGCUUAUGUGCAUAUUAUACAAUAUUUCGUAUUCGUAUAUUUAAUUAUUUUUAUUUAUCACUUUAUCAUUUAACUGAUGAAAAUAGUUUAAUUUUUGCUGCAACAUUUUUAUGCCGUUUAACAGCUCCACUUAGUUAUAAUUUUCUUGGUAUGAUACAUAUGGAUCAAACGAUUACAAAACAAACUCUUCAAACAGAAACUGUUUUUACAACGAUAAUGGGUCGUAUGAAUGUCAUUCCAAUAAUUUCCAAAGGUUUUAAUUUUUAUUUUCCAAUGUUAAUAUGUAUAUUAUGUGUUGGAACAUAUUUUCGACUUGGUUCACGAUGUUUACAUACAUUUGGUUUUCAACAAUUUUUUGAUGAAGAUAAUAUAUCAGCUGAAUAUAUUGAAGAUGGAAAAAGUUUAAUGAGAAAAGAACGAAGAAAUUAUGGUGGAAAUGAAACAUUAUCAACAAUGGCAAAUACAACAACACCUACUCAACGACGUGAUAGAAGAAGAGAAUUAGAAGAAAAAUAUGGACUUCGAUCAACAACGACCAAUAUGAAAACAUCAACAUCACGAGAUGAUUAUUUCCAGGAUCUUAAAUCAGAAACUCGUCAAUUAAGACCACCGUCAAUUUCAGAUGAACCAUUGAUAAGUCCUAAUAAUAAUCAAACAGUUCCUUCGGGUACCACAAUAUUAUCAGGAACUUCUCGUCGAACAGCUCCACCUACAGACAUAUUUAAUGAUGUUUAA